AGGGGCGACGGGCGAGGGGGGGAGCGAGGGGGGCAGCGAGGGGCGGAGGCGGAGACCCGGGGAAGCUUGUGGGUGAGCAAAUGAGCAAUAAAAUAUAUAAGGGGCGCAAUGGACGGCCGAGAGCUGGGGACUAAGAGAUCCUGGUGGUACUACCAAGGACCAACACCAAGACAACUGUCGCGUCUUCUGCACACACGGUCGUCAAGAUGAAGUCCACCGGUGUCUCUGCGCUCCUUCUCCUCACCGGAGGGCUGCUGAGCAGCGUUGCCCUCGCUGCUCCCACCCUCGAGGAGAGGCAGAACUGCUCUGGUCUCUGGGGUCAGUGCGGUGGAGAAAACUGGUCGGGCCCUACGUGCUGCGCUUCUGGCAGCACCUGUGAGUUCCAGAAUCCCUGGUACAGUCAGUGUCUGCCAGGCUCUGCGGCCUGCCCUGCCCUCCCAAACAGCCUCGGAUCCGCAAACCAGAGGCUCCCGGACCCCUUCACGUUCCACAACGGUGCCAGGGUCGCCUCGGCGGCUGAGUUCACUUGCCGCCAGCGCGAGGUGAGCGCGCUCCUGCAGCAAUACGAACUCGGCCAGCUCCCCGCCGCUCCGCAGUCGGUGACCGCCAGCUACAGCGGCGGCACGCUGUCCAUCACCGUGUCAGACCAAGGCCGUUCCAUCUCCUUCAGCGCCCGGGUCACCAACGCAGGCAACAACCGUCCCGCCAUCAUCACGUACGGCGGCGCCAGUAUCCCCGUCCCCAACGGCGUCGCCACCAUCGUCUUCAACAACGACGAGAUCGCCGAGCAGCGCGACCGGGGCUCGCGCGGCCGCGGCAGGUUCUACGACCUGUACGGCAGCGGCCACAGCGCGGGCGCCAUGACGGCCUGGGCCUGGGGCGUGGCCCGCAUCAUCGACGCCAUCGAGCGGACGCCCGCCGUCGGCAUCGACGCGCGCCGCAUCGGCGUCACGGGCUGCUCGCGCAACGGCAAGGGCGCCAUGGUGGCCGGCGCGCUGGAGCCCCGCAUCGCGCUCACCAUCCCGCAGGAGUCCGGCUCGGGCGGCUCGGCCUGCUGGCGCCUCUCCAACUGGCAGCGCCAGCAGGGCCAGAACGUGCAGACGCCGACGCAGAUCAUCACCGAGAACGUCUGGCUCGGCUCCGCCUUCGACGCCCGCGCCAACAACGUCGACGCCCUCCCCUUCGACCACCACCAGCUCGCCGGCCUGAUCGCCCCGCGCGCCCUGUACGUCAUCGAGAACUCCGACAUGGAGUGGCUGGGCUGGACCGCCACCUACGGCUGCAUGGCCGCCGCCCGCACCCAGUGGGAGGCCCUCGGCCAGCUCGACGCCUUCGGCUUCAGCCAGGUCGGCGGCAACCAGCACUGCUCGUUCAACAGCGGCAAGCAGGGCUCCGAGCUGACCGCCUUUAUCAACAAGUUCCUCCUGCAGUCGGGUGGUGGUACCACCGCCAUCCUGCGCACCGAACGCAACCACGGCAGCUUCAGCCUGUCCCAAUGGACCCCGUGGACCGUUCCCACCCUCCGCUAGAGGCCAUGGUGACAAUAAUGUUGGAAGCCUACAUCGGUAUCGACAGGUAUAGGUCACCAGAGAUGAAUGGAUAGAGGCUGGAGAGCGUCGGGAAUGGUUCCUAGGACGGUUGGGAAGGGUUGAAUGUGGGCUACCAACAAGAGAUCGUUGGAGGGUUUGAGCUUGAACCUCACAGCUUCAACCUGAGACACUUCCAUAACUUUGCACAUGGCAGUACAAUUGAACAAUCUCAUUGGGCAGUGCUCCGAGGUUCCGAGUUCCGUUGCGACGAUGGCUGUGCUUGUAGGUGAUUGUGAUUAAUGGACGUGGCUGUUGACGGAGAGGAAAAAU